AAUUGUGCUUGUGUUUUUUGACAAGCGAUUUAAAGUUAGCAGAUGGAUUAUCUGCUUCUUGUGUCUACAUUUAUUUGAGUGGCAAUACAAAACAUUGUUUAAAAUACAUUGUAACCGUUACGUUAGCUAGCUAACUAACGUUACAUUUUAGCAAUUUCUCUUUCCCCGUUGCUGUCACAUCAACAUCCCGCCCCAAUCUUUUCCCAUUGGCAAACAUUUGUGAGGAUCCCAUGUUGUGCUUGUGCCCUUGUUUUGUUAAUGGUUCACCAGCCUGUCUGUUGUCACUGCGCCACUUGUUGCUAGGGAGGUUGCUUGAUAGCGGAAGUGAGCGCUAUCAACACUUCCCACUGGAGUCUGGACGAUAAAUACCGUUGGAUGCUAGCUAUGAUUUUGUUAGGUUGCCUACUUUUAAACACUAUUGAUGUAUAAACUGAUGCAUCGUUUUUAUUGGUAUUAAUUUAAUGUUAUUUUGUAUACAUCGGUAAACUGGAGCUCUUGAAAAGAAAAUGGAUGAGAGGGAGACUGCAAGGGAUGGGUGAGAGGGAGACCGCUAGGGAUGGGUGUCAGGAAGCGUAGCUACUGGAGGAGAACCCAAGAGACCCUCCCUCUUUCACCUAUCUAUUCCUGCACUGGCCUUGGUGAUCCAUUUCAGUUGUUCUGCAUUGUCAGAUAUGGGAGGACUUACUAAUGGGGAAGACCAAAACCUGACCUAGAAAACAGUUCAGCCUUUGACUGAUAUUGGACUCCCAUACAAGACCACAGAAACCCUCUACAUUCUAUUCACAUCAUAAGCAAACUCCAAAAGUCGCUCUUCACUUCUGUCAUAUCUGCAAUUUUCAUACUUUCAUUCUUUAUCAGUCAAUCUCAAUAUCAACAAUUGUGGAGCUCAAUUUUUCUGUUUCUAUUUAUUUUUUACUUAUUUUUUUUACUUUCACUUUUUGUUCCUUUGUAAAGAAAUGCUUUACCUGAAAAAGUACUUCACAGAGGGCCUGAUUCAGUUCACCAUCCUCCUGAGUCUCAUUGGGGUGCGGGUGGACCUGGACACCUACCUGAGCAAUCAACUGCCCCCACUGCGAGAGAUCAUCCUAGGCCCCAGCUCGGCCUACACCCAGACGCAGUUCCACAACCUCCGCAACACGCUGGACGGGUAUGGCAUCCAUCCCAAGAGUGUGGACCUCGACCAGUUCUUUACCACCCGCCGGCUGCUGAACCAGGUGCGCCAGCUAGAUUGCCUGUCAGUGCCCAGUCCAGAACUGAGCACGUGGCUGGUGCACCGCGACCCUGAGACUGUGGUGUCCGCCGCCAGCCAGCCCAGCCCCAGCAUCACCCUGGACAAUGGGACCGGCCUGGAGGACGUGAACAACUCCGAAGCCCCGGUCAUGAGGGGGGGCGGCGGAGCGCCUGAGUCCACCUACAAUCUGAGUGGAGAGGACCGAACCCUGGGAGCUGUGGCCCCCGAGGACAGCCAGGAGCAGGGCAACAGGGAGGGCAACGCUGACCUCACCAAAGAGGACAUUGAUUUGAUUGACAUCCUGUGGCGACAGGAUAUCGACCUUGGCGCAGGACGGGAAGUGUUCAACUACAGCAGCCGCCAGAAGGAGAGCGAGGCGGAGAAGCCCAGCCCAGAGGAGAAGAAGGAAGGGACAGAGGCACAGGAGAGCUGGAGGAACGGAGUGAACCUUCAAGAGGCUCAGCCUGUGGAUGGAGAGACAGGGGAAAGCAUACCAGAGCAGCUCACAAGCCUUGGCUCUCAGACCUCACUGUCUCUGCAGGAAUGCCUGAGGCUGCUUGAGGCCACCUUCCCUUUCGGAGAAGAAUCUCCUGAGUUCGUAGCCCCUGUAGUCACUGCUGAGCUUGCAGUGGCCAAUGAAGAAGCUCCAUCCACAUCUCAGGGGCUGCCACUGCCUCCCCCGUUGCCCCAGCCUGUGCCCCAGUUGGACCUGGAGCAGCAGUGGCAAGACAUCAUGGCUAUCAUGGAACUACAGGAAAUGGAGGUUAACAACACCUCUGAGAACUCCUUCCUCAGCACUACUUCCAACAGUGCCAAUACCAGUGGCAGCACAACUGAGUCAAGCUCGGUUGAAAGCUUUGGACUUACUCGUUCCUCCACCCUUAUACACCAAGAUGUCAGCCUUCACCAGGCCUCCCUCCCUAGCUGCAGUCAGGAUUUUCCCACGCUUUUCAAUCCAGAGAUUGAUGGCACUGGCACCCCACGCCCUCCCUUGCUUAGAAUGUCCUCCAGCUCCAACUCCUCCAGCGUCAACUCUACAUUCGGAGCCACCAACCUGACUGGACUCUUUCUCCCACCGCCUCUAAACAGCACCAACAACAUCACUUCGACCCCAGUGUUGCCUGACCCCUUCAGCAGUCUGCUGGAGGAGUCUAUGCUGGAUGAGAUCAGCCUUCUGGACCUGGCGAUGGAGGAGGGCUUCAGCCAGGCCCAGGCCUCUCAGUUGGAGGAUGAACUCGACUCAGACUCAGGCCUCUCCCUGGACUCCAGUCACAGCCCGGUCUCCCCGAGCAGCUCUGAGACCUCCUGCUCCUCUGCCGCCUCCUCCUCCUCCACCUCUGCCACCUUCUCAGAGGAAGGGGCUGUGGGAUACAGCACUGACUCUGAGUCAGUCACUGUGGAACCAGAAGAAGGUGCUGUGGGGGGCUACCAACCCGAAUUCAACAAGCUCUGCCGCAUGAGCUAUCAAGACCCUUCCCAGUUCCAUGGGCUCCCUCAGCUUGACAACAUCAACCACAAUCACUCUUACAAUUUACCACUGUCUUCCUCGGUAGAUGAACACCCAGAGCUACCGAUUCCCACUGGCAAGAAAAUGGGCCGCGAGAAGCAGUCGAAGCUUCAGCCCCAACAGGACUUCCUGGACAAACAGUCGAGUCGCGACGAGCGCCGGGCUCGGGCCAUGAAGAUCCCCUUCUCAAAUGAGAAGAUCAUCAAUCUGCCUGUAGAGGAGUUCAACGAGCUUCUGUCCAAGCACCACCUGAGCGAGGCCCAACUGGCCCUUGUUCGCGACAUUCGUAGACGUGGCAAGAACAAGAUGGCGGCCCAGAACUGCCGGAAGCGCAAGCUGGAUACCAUCAUCAACCUGGAGCAAGGGGUGCACGACAUGCGUCGUGACAAGGCGCGACUUCUGAAGGAGAAGAUGGAGUUUAUUCGCUCCAUCCGUCAGAUGAAGCAGAAAGUGCAAAGCCUCUACCAGGAAGUGUUCACCCAGCUUCGGGAUGAGGAGGGCCGGCCCUACCCCCCCAGCGAGUACUCACUCCAGUACAGCGCCGACGGCAGCGUUCUGAUCAUGCCCCGCAACAUGACAGAUCAGCAGACCCGUAAGCCCGACAAGAAACAAAAGGACAAAAAGAAGUGAGGAGGAAGCUGCUGCCCUUUCUUUCAUUUUGCUAAAAUCACUAAGAACGAUUUCUGCAGACGCAAGAGGUCUUUUUUUUCUUUAAGAAGAUUCUUGUGAAGAGAAACAUAGCAUUGUUGACUACUCUUCCUGCAUUAGGUUUUUUUCCCUUUUCUUUUUUGGUUCCUGCGUUUUCUCUGGAAAACGACUUUGAAGCAGUUCUUCAUUUGAGUACUGGAUUUAUUGUUUAGGUGGGGGAAAAGGAAUAAACAAGGAAAAUAAGGGGUUGAAAGGAUUCUCUGGAUCCUAUGGCACCAGCCCAGUGAAGAGGAAGUUGAUAAAUCAUGUUAUGAAGUGAAGGGACUGGUAUCAAGUGGAGUUGAAGAAAAACAAACAUUUAGUCAACAUGAAAUGGGGUGUAAAUUCCAGCCCAUUGUUAGUCAGCGUCGAACAGAUUGUUAAACCAGAUUUCUUGCUUGGGCCUUGACGUGAUUGGUGGAGUGUUUCUGGAGUAAGUAGAAGAGGAAAGCCAAGAGAAACUUGAGAUAAAAAGCAAGUCCAUCAUCUGGGAUACCGUUAUCUUAUACCGCCGAUAAUAACCAAAUUUGUAUGGUUCACUUCACUUGUUUUCUAGGCAAAUGUCUAGGUAGUCUUGACACUGCACUCAUUCAAAAUGUUUGUAUUACAAACACCACCGUUUUUGAUUGACCAAUGUCAUUGACUUUGAGUCUCUUUGACAUAGAACUAGGACACUGGAACACAAAAAAAGAGAGGCUUGGAGAGUAUUCUUGGGCUAGCCAUGAUGGUGGAGCAUGAUGGGUGUAGGAGAUGGGACACUGAGGAAGAAGGCACACACUGCAUAACAAAUGUAACAGCUUCUGUAUAUCUAUACAUAGCACUGUAAUUUGUCCUUCUAAGGCUUGGCUGUAUGCAUCGUGCCGUGUCUCUGGCUAUCCCUCUGCCACAGGUUUAAGGAUGAGCUCUUCUGGUCAUUUUGUUUUAGUUUUCCACAAUUUCUCAUACUCUCCAGAAUAAGAUAGGUUAGAGGUCUUGCUUGAUAUCAUCUUAGGUCUACUCCCUGCCCUUAUUGCAUCACACACCGUGUGUUGUGCCUGUAAACCACGUUGCAGGACAGGGAAACUCACAAUAUUGAUUUGUGAUAGGCCAUUUUUUGCAGGAACUACUGCAUGAACUGCAGCCCUGUGGAUGUUUCGCCUGUUAAUUACUAAUCAUAUGCACCCAUCUUUACUGUCAUUAACAUUAAGUUGGUUGGUUUUCUUGUAAGGUGACAGAGAUAAGCAGUUUGUCUGUCCAGUAAUUACAGAGUGGUAGUCUUUGAAAGAGUAACUUGGGGAUGUUGUUGUCAUUCUAUUUGAUAGUGAUCUGAAGCAAUGGACAAGAUUCAGUUGAUGAAUAGCCUAGUUGUCAGCUGCAAUAGUUUACGGGUCAUUCAUUUGUGUCGUUAGAGAAGUCAAUCUAUUGAAUCGAACUGACAAGAAGAAUGUGUGAAGUGAGCACCUUGUUUUCGAAUGCCUUUGUUUCACAAGCACAUUUUAUACAUUUGUUGGUUUUACAAACAAAGGUUAUUGGACUGUUUUCAUUAUGUUAGAAGUGCUAUUAUCUGAGCUUGUGUUUUAUUAGGGUCAAAAAUUGUGUUUUAGCAUGUACCCCUAACAACAAAAAGAUGAUUAGUAUUCCAUUUAAUGCGGCAGAGAUGGCUGUUUUAAAGAGAAUUUGAGUACAUUUGAGAGCCCCAGAUCUACAGUAAAGGGGGGAAAAGAACUAAGUUGCUGCAAUGAUGAGGAUGACCUAUGUUCUUAUUCAUUCACAUAACUUUCAUUGUUCUUGUCAUCACUAACCUGAGAGGGGAGCCAAGUAAAAUACAUUGCUUUUAAUCAAAUGUUUCAUGCAGUACUAAUACUUUUAGCAGGAAAUACAUUUGGGGCGUCUCAAUUUAAAUGAAAAGAAAUGAGACGGCUGUUAAGUUGUUAGUUCUUGCACUUGAGAAAACGUUUGACAUAUUCAGACAUGCAACGUUCACCUGCAUUGCAACACAAUGCUAAACCCACUAAGUUAUUACUACCCUUAGCGCACUGCAUUUGUUUGUUCUGUAAAUAUUUAAAUGUUUCAUGUUUUGUCAUUUCUGUAGUUUGUGUGUUUUGCACAGCCUUCUCACCCCUGCAUUGGGUUUGGUUGUGCAGUUUCUUUGGUUUACUUUAAAAUAUUUGCUGGCAAUCUGGGAUUGUUAUUUUAUUGAUUUAAUAAAGUGUUUUUAUUUUCAUCUGA